AUGCAGAUCUCUUGGGCUGUGUGCUCUGUCUGUGUCUUAAUACAAAUUGCAUUUCGAUCUGUGGAAGGAUGGCAAGUGUUUAAAAAUGACGCUACAGAAAUCAUUCCUGAGGUCCCUGAAAAUACAGAAACACCAAUGGAGCAGACUUUCAGCAACAACAACACAAUGAACCAGGCAAAGCAUGGAGGAAGACACAUACAACAAGCCCCAGACCCUAACGAUGCUUCCGACCUUAGCUGCAGAGAAAUGCGAACCACCCGCUAUGUCACAGAAGGGCCUUGUCGCAGCGUCAAGCCUGUCAAGGAACUGGUCUGCUCUGGUCAGUGUGGCCCCUCACACCUCCUUCCCAACUCUAUUGGCAGAGGGAAGUGGUGGCGUCAGAAUGCUCUGGAUUAUCGCUGCAUUCCUGCUCACACUCGCACGCAGCGCAUCCAGAUGUCUUGUCCUGAGGAAGAGACUCGGACUUACAAAUUCCGAGCUGUCACAUCCUGCAAAUGCAAGCGCUACACUCGCUACCACAAUCAGUCUGAGCUGAAGGACUUUGGAAAGGAAACUGUCAGGCCUCAGAAGAACAAGAAGCCCCGUCUCUCCAGAGCCCGGAGCAGCAAAUCGAACCAGCAUGAGUUAGAAAAUGCUUAUUAG